UCUGAGUGCACUUUGAGAUUGAAGGCUAAGAACUUUUGGGCCUACCUGCACAUCUUUAGUCUUCGGCAAUCGUUUGAACCGCGCGGAACUGUCACUUAGCAGGUUCCCAUUUGAAAGCCAUGUUGGUCAUCCUGCUUGCAUUAUUUUGUGCAGUCCAGAGCCAGCCAUUGGUCCUCAAGGAGCUGCACACCCUGCACCAGUGGACGAACCUCAGUUUGGGCGACGAUCUGUCCAAGGGCAAUCGCUUUCUGCCGGUGGAUGUGGACAUUGAGUACGGCGAUGAGGGCAGACAUCGCACCUUCCUCACGAUUCCGCGACUGGGGAUGGCCACACCCUUCACACUGGCCACCGUGGUUGCGAAGGACAAUGAGCUGGUGGAAAAUCCUAGACUGGAACCGUAUCCAAACGAGGAGUGGCAUGUGCCACCCAACAAUUGCUCCGGCAUCACCUCAGCCAUUAGGACUUAUAUCGACGAGUGCUGGCGACUCUGGGUGGUGGAUUCAGGGCAGGUAAACUCCCUGCAGUUGUGCCCGCCCCAAAUCCUAACCUUCGAUCUGGUGAAGGACGAACUAGUGCAACGACACCCCCUUCCGCCCGAUUCCUACAUCCCCAGCGUGUCCAUCUUCACGGCUUUGGUGGUGGAUCUGGCCGAGAGGGGCACACCCAAUCGAUGUGUGGGCGGCAGAGCGUAUAUAGCCGAUGCCUGGGGUUAUGGCCUGAUUGUAUUUGACUCCCUGACGGGACGAUCCUGGCGCAUAGAGCACGAGUCCAUGAAGCCAUCGCCCUUGCUGAGAUUAGGGCGCUCCAGCAACUCGCAGGCGGGAAUAUUUACAGUGAGCCUUAGUCCCAGCGAAGUGGAAGACCGCUUUCUGUACUUCCACACGCUGAACGCCUUUAAUGAAAUGAGGGUUCCGCUCUCCUUGAUCAACAACGAGACCUUCUGGAAGUCUGCGAAUGCCAGCGGAGAUAGCUUUCACAGCCUGGGCACCCGAGGAAUCCAGUGCGAGUCGGAGGUGAUGGAUCAGUCGGGGAAUCUCUACUGCAGCCUCAUCAGUUUGGGGGCGCUGGUGAAAUGGGAGGAGUCCGUGUCCAACUACACGGCGGACGACCUGCGUGUGGUGGCUUACAAUCCGCAAAAGAUCAAGUUUGUCACGGGCCUCAAGAUCAACCGAAAUUCCAAGGGAGAGGAGGAGCUGUGGGCCUUGAGCAGCCAGCCGAAACUCUUUGUGGGCGGCGACUUGCCCGCGAACGAGGUCAAGUUCCAAAUAAUUGGCUGCCGAACCGCUGACCUGCUUGCCAAUAAGCCGUGUACAGUGGGCGCCGCAGAAACCACGCCCACCAACGUUUAAUUAAAACUUAGUUUUAACGAGUUUAAAACUGCGUCUAUCGAUUACUCUGAAUUAAUUGCUAGCUGUAGAAGGCUGGCUGCUAUGGCGCAAUGUUGAUCUAUCGAUAAAUUGCUGACUGUGUUAAGCUAACUAGUAUGUCGUUUGAAUCGCUAACUGUGGCCAGCUUUCUACUAUGGCACGUGCGUAUGUUUUGGUCACACUAAAGAUAGCCAAUUAGAAAAGUAAAAAUUAUCUAACUGGAAGCCGUCCGGCUACACUUUACUUAUUGGAAAACCUCCAACUAGACAUGAAUAGGAAAAC